UUUUUUUUGUUUGAGUGUUAGAGUAUCAGAUAUGAAUUUGAAAAUAAAUUUAUAUUUUUCAACCUCUAAGUAUAAAUUCAGUUCAUGGCCAAAAUAAUCUUGACACGUACCUUAGCUAUGUUGUCGUGAUAACGCCGAAAUUUUAUCUUGUUUUUUUUUGACUUAUUCCACUAAUUUCAGUGACAUCCUGCCUUUGAAGCAUUUAAAAAGCAAAUGUUUGUAGGUACUCGAGCAUUUACCCAAUAAACAGAUAAUUUUUUGUUCUUGUCAUAACUUGACACAAAGCCUGCCCUUUGAACUUUAUAAAUCAUGAGGGGUUUAUCAAGAAUUUUACAGCCGCACAAGGAAACUGUAGGUCAAAUUGCCAGCGUUGUUACAAUAGCCCAGUUUUUUUCAGGGGCUUUUGUUUGUAAGGACAUAUAUAGAAAAGGAACAACACAAGGCACCCCCUCGACUCCUUUUAUUGGGGGUCUCGUUGUAGGUAUGCUGAUGCUCAAACAUGCCAUACUUCUGAAUGAUCCUGCCAUGCUACAAGUCAAUGUAGCAGCCAUCAUCCUGAAUAUCAUCUACACAUCUUUUUAUUAUGUGUACUCCAGUGAAAAGUAUCAGGAAAUACUGAAACCCCUUGCUAUUGGCGUUGGCAUGGUGGCAAUAUUUUUUGGUUAUGCAGAGAUAGAAGACCCGCGCAAUUUGGAAUAUCGAUAUGGUCUGAUUGUCACUUUGCUGAUGUUGCUGCUUAUUGCCUCACCUCUUCUAGAUUUGAAACAAAUUAUAGAGAAAAAAGAUGCAUCAUCAAUUCCUUUUCCUCUAACAUUUAUGGGAGCAAUCGUCAGUUUCUUGUGGUUGCUCUAUGGAAUUAUCUUGAUGAACGAGUUUAUGAUGAUACAAAAUGCGAUUGGAUUCGUCCUGUGUGUGGGGCAGUUAAUCUUGAUUUUCAUGUAUCCUGCAAGGCCUGAAGGUCAGAGUAGCAAAAGGAAAAAAACUGUCAAAAGAGAAUAGAGGGAAGUUUCUUUGAUAGUAAUAAUUGUAACAUAAUUUUACAUUCCAGGUGAUGUUGCUCCUGAAUAAAAGAAUAGAAAGAAAAAUAAUAUUUUUGCGAUCCAGUUUGUUGCUGAGAUUGUGCUUUAUUAUGUUAUUUGAGUGGAUAGAAAAUUUGUUGUUAUAUUAAUAUGUGACUGAAAUUUAAAAUUGAAAUAAUUUGUUAUUAUCAGCUUUUUUUUUGUACCAGCCGUGAUACUUGUUGACUCUCAUAGGUUGUUAUCAUUACAUUUGUCUAAUACCCUA